CACACAGCAGCCCCGUCUGCCACAGUGCGCGCUUACCCUCCCCGACAACGCCGUCACAGUUGUGCGGACCACCGCUGCAGGAGCAGCAGCCGGCAUCCAAUUGAGACUGGCCGAUCGCGUUACUCUCCGACACCGGCGCCUGUGGAAAACGCGUGCGCGAGCCCCACUUGCGAGAACGGAAGGAGUCGCCCCGUCGUGGUGCACGCUAAGGACAAACCGCCCACGCGCCAGUGACAGAGCGUCCGGUCAGCGCAGCAACGAUACACGGUCGCGAAAGUAGCGGCGUGUUCCCCAACCCUUCUUCUCCCGAGCAAAUCUCAUCCAGCGAAGGAAACCGAUAGAGAGAGCGCGAGUGGAAGACGACAGAAGACGCCCAAGAGCAGGAGGAUGACCACCGCCACAGUGUGAGAAGAAAAAAAAAAAAAAAAAAACAAGAAAAGGGGGGAGACGCAACCCAAUUACUCGGCGGUGCGCCCGUCAUCGCGCCACAGCUGCUUCUGCCUUCUUUCGUUGCCGCGCGCGCUGUCGCUCCUCGUGUUCGCCGGAUUACGGGCCGCCAGCGGGGGUCGUGGACCUCGGCACCGAAAUCGAAGCGCAAUGUUGCGACGAAAAAGAUGCUACGAGAAGUAUCUGGCGGCCGCGGUAGUGGUGUUGCUCAGCCUGAAUUACAUCACUGGAACAUCCGCACAGAUAGACAGGUCAAACAGAGAGCCAAGUGACAGCGCAAAUCGUAUUCCUUGGCCUGUGUACCAGCACAGCCCCGCAUCCAACGCUCCCGGGUUCAAUCAGAACAGGCCACAGGAAGCUCCUAAACAGAGACCUCGCCUCUCUGAUUCCCUAUUACCACCGUCAUUCAUUAAAGUCAUCAAUUCCGUCAGCUCUCCUGACUGGGAAACAACAACGCCAGCAGGGCCUCGAGCCGUUGUUUUGACAACUUCCACGACAACGACCACUACAACAACCACGACUACUCCACCGCCUCCGCCUCCUCCUCCAUCAACUACAGCAUCAGUGCCCACGAGCCCCACCUACUACAAGCGUGGCCAACCACCGGAGGUCGAUCCGUUAAGCCCCAGCGCCUGGAAGGCUGUACCAGAGAGUCCUCCCUUCCCCAAGAGGUCCAGGCUGCAGGCAAAAAGGCGACGAAAGCUGAGGCCCAAGCAGGAAACGACGGACAAAGAGCGCACGCUGUUCACUACCGAGCAGGCAACUGAGGCCUCGACUACCGCGCAUCCUACGAGAAAGUUUGGAGUGACUCGUCGCCAGCUUCCAUCACUCGUUCGUGGCUAUAGGAGCAAACCGACCAAGACCACGCCACCUACGACCACGGCUCCGAGAAGGGCCUACGUGAGGCCCGCGUUGUCCGGGAGAAAGUACACCCCGGUCAUUCCACGUCGACCUGUGCUGGCGACGACCACCAGCACCACGUCUUCCUCCACAAGUAGUUCGACGACAACGACUACAACGUCGACAAAGCGGCCUUUCAUCUUCGGUGAGCGCAAGGUUCCCUCCUGGUACGGCCAGACAAGCACAAGCACAACGUCGACGACAACGAACCGCCCGCAGCUGUCAACUCCCCUCUCCAGACUGGGCCGGAGACCACCGAGCUUGCGCUACAAGGCCGAUGACUUGUCACCAGGGUUCGGGCCUCGACCGAGGUUGUCCCUGCGUCCGCUUCCAUCCGUGGUUAGGGACAACGUGCCUCAGACAGUCGAGAAGGACGAGUUGGAACUAUCUCAGUCGGUUCAAAGGCCAAAUGGCCGAAGGCGCCUGGUCAACGACGUACCGGCAAGGGCACAUUUACUUAAGGGUCAGCUACCCGAUGUAGCAACACCGCAAAUAGCCAACAAUGAAACAGAGACCGUAAAGUAUGAAGGCAGGCACAGUGGCUCUGAUGAAGGCGGUGAAAUAGUACGAUUUGUGGCCAUACCACAUUUCGUGGAAGGAAACGUCCCAUCGAGGAGGGCCGAUUUCAAGGAGAGUGCGAGGGUUCCUUUCAGGAGGAUCUUCAGAAACCCGUUUGUGGUUCCUGUAAGAAGGCGGUUCCCUUACGCCGGACCCGUAGGCCGUGUUCCCGCCGUCCCUGUCCUCCGUUGAAGACAGCAGCAGCCAGGACGAAGAGGUUAUCCGCAUUCCGGUGCAAAGGCCAGAGAGUGGCACCUACCCAGCGAUGCAACCGCCCCCUGCCCUGCCGCUUCGCGUGGUGCGGCCGGCGUAUCCGGGAGCUGUGGGGCCCCAGGCUAGCGCACCCGUGGCGCCUGUACCACCGGCAAACAACGCUGUCCACGAGUCGGCGUACGCGCUACCGCGGCCGCCCAUGAGCCUGGGUAGUGCCAACCUACCCAGCCGCGUGAGCCGUCCCAAGCCGGAGGAGCCGCGCUGCGACCGCUUCUCCGAAGACAUCUGCCUCGACGACUUCGAGUACCCAACGGCUGCCAUCCUGGACGCGAUCAGCCGGCAACGAGCGCGCUUCGACACCAUGUACGCAGAGGUCCGCGAUCGGAGCCCCCAGGUGGACGGCGUGACGCGCAAGCAGGAAGAACGCUACACGCAGCGCCACUACUUCGGUGCCGCCGAACGCGACAACCGUCCACGGGACUAUGCGCAGGACGGCGGGUUCCUCUGCCCGUCGGAGAUCCUGUACGAGCGGCCGCGCCGGGCCCGCAACCAUCUAGGCGUCUGGAAGGUCAUCGUGAACAUUGGCGAGUACCGCCAGACUAUGCGCCUGGAGAAGUGCCUUAUGCUGUUUUAUAAACAGCUCAACGCUUCUUUUGCAAUAUCUGGUCCCGAACAACCAAAAGUGGGCUGUGCGGCUCUUAUGUCGCCAAGAGACCGAAUCGGCCAGUGCUCGUACGUCCUCGAGAAAUACCAGAGCUCGUGCAGCCAAGUGUACAGCUACCAGCGGUUGCUCACCUUCGAGAAAGGCAAAGGGCUGCACAUCGACAUCUUCCGCGUCCCGUCAGGCUGCUCCUGCCACGUGAAAGGCUUCAGCCCGUACCAACGCCAUGAUGAGCCGGUCACUCCGAUACGCCAACAGCCGCCGUUCGAGUACGACCGCACCACGUACACCAGUGCGACUAGCCUGGCAGCUGCCAAGGAGCCCAGCAACGGUGACGGGAAAGGGAACAACACACUCUGGAUAAUCUUGGGCAAUGGGAAAGACCUCGAUCCGGAAACCAAGGAGCGGCUCGUGCAACAGCUGAGGCAGUACCCGCAGCUUGCCGAGCAGUUGCCGCAGGGAGAGAACGUCCGCGAGCUGGUGAACGAGGCGGACGAGUACCAGAGGCCAUACGUGAGGACCGAGCCGACCCGGGCCCCCGGCUACGGGGUCCACCACUACGGCAGCACCCACAAGACGCGAGGGGAGAGACCGCAGCUGCUGAACGCCGGCGCAGUGCCGCCUCGGUGGGCACAGGGCCCCGUAGCGAACGAACCCUUCAAGUACGUGCAGCCCAACCGCAUCCGGAGGCCCCCGCCGCCUCCACAGCCGCCCAGCGACUACGAGGCCGAGGAGGGCCUCCCGCCUGGCGCUAGGCCGCGCUACUAUCAGAAGCCCUUUAAGGCGUCUGAGGAGGACGCGCUUUUUACGAGGAGCAGCGGGGGCACGACGUUCGUGGUGCUCAGGCAGAUAGAGCCGCUGUCACGCAGGUACCACGAACCGGCGCGAGAGCGGCACCCGCACGUCGGCCAGGCGUCGCAGGGCUCGGCGGACGUGCGGCUGGCCCACGGGCAGAGCGCGGCGCCGCGGGGCGACGUGCUACUCGUGGAGCCCGUGCGCCAGAGGCCGUACGGCAAGCGCUUCCAAGUGGUCACCACCACCGAGCCGUCGACGACCAGAGACGUGGCGAAGAAGAUCAACUUCUCAUAUCAUCCCAUCAUCGACUACAUCACCAGAUAGCCGCCGCGCGGAGCAAUCUCUUUCAUCCGUUUCGACGUCAUGCUUGCCCUUUUGUUUCUCGCCCUUGUUUUUGCUCACACGAAAGUGGCUGAUCGACGCGGUAGCUGUAGUCAAGGUGUACGCCCUCGUGCGCGAGACACCAUGGGAUGCACCCGUCGUAAACCGUCCAGUGCUUCAAGGCCGGACUCGACACCCGCGCCAUCAUAGCCGCACGGUUUAUAGCACCUGGCGCCCCGGGAUUGCUUUUAUGUCGAGCUUAGAUUUAAUGUGCGAGCGAAAUGCAAUUUAACGUCCCGUAAAGCUUCCAAGCUCAACGGCCGAAACAAGACCACUGGUUGCGCAAUGGUCAAAUGGUGUUCGGUGAUGCAAAACUGACCACGUUUAUAAUGUAAAGUAACAGGCAGCCACGUAAUUGCCAGAAGGGCGUCUAUUCAUUAGGUAAGUCGCCGGCUUUUCAUGUAUGAAGGCUUCUGAAAAUCUAUCAGUCCAAGUUUAACAAGAGGUUCUCAGCGAAACGACGACUUUUCUUCUCUUUUCUUUUUUUUUUUUGCUUGUGGUAAUUUCUAAAGCCGUGUGGGCACCAACGAGCAAGAAAAAAAAUUGUAAAAUUGACGUGGUUAACUGGGGGACUUCUCGACUCUACUGAACAUUUGUUCUUCACACUGUAAGCCUCCUUCUGUAUAUUCGAGAUUAUUAUGGAGAAGACUACUUGGCUAACCGAUAAGGCUGCCAAUGUUUGUGCCGCGAACCUACGAACAGUUCAAAUGACCUUCUCAAAACGGACUCAGUUUACUUACAGUUUCCGUUCUGCUUAAUUUGAUUGUAAAUCAUUGUUUAAAUCAAGGCAUUUCAUGUGACGCUACUUGGACAAUAAGCAAGGUAAUACAGUACUUGCGUCUUAGAUUGAUGCUUCGAACAUUUACGUGCUGUAUGUGCCGUUAUUAUAUAUAGCUAACUUCACCAAACAUAAAAAAAACUGCAUUUAAUCUUCCACUCUUCCCUGUUUCGUGAAAGCUCUUUGUCAAUGCUACGUCUUUCAGAGCCAAUCUGGUGCCUUGGUUGUGAAGAAGUUUUGUGCAUCUAAUCUAAGCACUUUCUUAUCUUUUUAAAUUAUUAUUUUAUGUAUAGCUACCAUGUUGCGGUAUUUGCGCUCAAUUAUGGCGUGGUAGGCACAGAACAUUCGAUAUUUGUGCUGUUACUAUUUGUUCAAGACGGGUCUAAGCCUAAAUAAACAUCAGGGGCCAAAUUCACGAAUGUUUUCUGCUCGCAAGUGAUCUUUACCAUUGGCUGCUCGCCUUAGCGAUUAAUAUGCCCAACAUCACGACUGGAUAUCAUUUGGCCUUGCAAACAGUUUUAGCGUAAGAACUUCUUUCUGAAAUCACAAAAAAUCUCUUGCGCUAUAAUUGUUUGUAAGAGCAUAUUCCAGCCAAAGCCAAUGCUGGACAUAUUAUUAGCGACGGCGGCCGGCCAGCGGAAGAGAUAUCAUUUACGAAACGAAAUGAUUCAUGAAUUCAGUCCCAGAAGGCAAAAUCACAAAGCUUUUCGUUCGUAAGUGAUUUUCGCGAUUGGCCGGCUACAUUAUGUUCAGCACCAGGAUUGGCUCACAUUUGCUUUUAUGAACAAUUAUAGCGUAAGAGGUCUUUUUUGUGUAUAGAGGCCCAGAUUCUUGCAUUCACCGUAAGCCUACGCAAACGCAUGGAAAAUAAUUUUAUGAAUCGCUACAGAUUUCACCACAUAAUGUGUACACACCUGACGUGUCUUUGUACCAAAAUCAAAUGACUUACUCUUUUGAAACUUGCAAUAUAAUUUCACAACUGAAACUCUUACGUUUAAGUUUUUUUUUUUUUUGAGUGAGCCGCGAAAGCGCAUAGGUUAAAAAUAUAAGAUGAAAUGAUGUUAUGUGUGCUUUUCAAAGAAAACAAUUUUUUAUACUGUUGGUAUCGCAGGAUAUGCACAAAACCAAAGCUUACUAACCGCUGAGUGUACGCAAUCAAUACAUAUACGGCAUUCAUGAGUAAGUAAUGCAUUUUUGAGUGACGAGAAGCAAUUAAGUGCUCUUAAGAAAUGAACUUUCUUAUUUCUUU